AUCAGAAAUACAGAAAUUCAGAUUUCAGAAUUCAAUGGCAUGUUGUUUUUAGACAUUUAUACUGAUUAUACUGAUCUGUCUCUACAUGCCUAUACUUUAUAUUUCAUAAUUUAUAUUGUUACAAACUUUUGAUGACAUGGUGGAAAGAAAAGUUAAUAUGAAAGACCUAGAAGCAGCAGCAAAAGCCUCGGCUACUUCUAAAGUAAUAAAUACGUUUAAUCGGCCAGGUCAAUUAGAUAAAAUCAAUCAAAUUAAACAAAGAUAUUCACGAAAAAAAGCUUCUGUUGAAGCUUUAUUAAAAUCAGCAAUGCAGCAACAGCUAGAUGGGGUACGUGUUGGCCUUAAUGAAUUGCAUUGUUGUUUGGAAGAUGUUUUAGAAAUCGAAAAUAGUGUAAAAAAAAUGCUUGGUUUAUUUUCUGAUGUACCCAAACUAUGUAACACUUUAAAUGAGGUACGGGAUGAAAAUAUGAGACAUUCACAAUAUGUUACUGCAAAAGAAAAUCUCAAACAUAUAUUCACAGUUCCUGAUAGUGUAGAAAAAACUAAACAAUGGAUAAAUGAAGGAAAAUUACUCCAUACACAUCAAUGUUUAAGAGAUCUAGAAAACUCGAGAGACGAUCUCUUGUAUGAACUUCAUAAAUUGCCCAAUCAGUCUCCUCAUGAUAAAUCAAUGCUAAAAGCAUAUUUUGCUGAUGUAGAAGUUCUGUCAAAUCUCUUAGAGAAACAGUUAACCUUUAUUUUAUCCCGGACGUUAAAUACUGUUCGUAAGGAUCCUACUGUAAUAGUAACUGCCCUGAGAGUCAUUGAAAGAGAAGAAAAAUCAGACGAAGACGCCUUAAGGCAGCAGAAACAAACGGGAUUCUUACCUCCUGGAAGACCUAAGAAAUGGAAGGAAAUGAUGUUUCGUAUUUUAGAAAAAUCAGUAGCCUCUAAAAUUGAGGGGACACAAGUUGAAGAACGAGAGGACAAUAAACAUUGGUUAAUAAGAUAUUUAGAGUUGAUUAGGAUGACGAUAUUGGAAGAUUUACGUGUAGUGAAGACAUUAUGUGUACCUUGUUUUCCACCAAGAUAUAAUAUUAUAGACCAAUACAUACAUAUGUAUCACCACUGCUUGGGUGUACAUUUACAAGAAAUUAUCCAAAAUGGGUUGGAAGGAAAUGAGUAUGUUUCAAUAUUAUCGUGGGUAAUGAAAAUUUACAAAUCUAAAGAUCUUCUAGGCCAUUCCGAUUUAAUAGAACACACUGAAAAAUUACCCGCCUUGCUUCCACAAGCUGUAAUAGAUCGACUUGAAGGCGAAUAUUUAAAGAAUAUAGAAAAUAAUUACUCAGAAUGGAUGCAGAAUACGCUGAAGUCCGAGAAAGAAGAAUGGCGAUCUAAUAUUGAGCCCCACCUCGAUUCAUAUUCUAGAACAGCUGCUCCGAUCAUAAUUUUCCAAAUGAUAGAUCAAAACCUUCAAGUUGCUAAAACAAUAAGCGAAGAAUUGACGAUAAAAUCAUUGAAUCUGAGCAUUGAACAAGUUGUAAAAUUUGGGGACUCCUUUCGUGAAGCUAUUAUAGAAUUCAAAAACAAAUAUUUUGAAGAUAGGAAGCAGGUAUUAUAUUUCACACAGUGCAUGAUAGUAAUAAUAAAUAAUUGUUUGCAACUGGUAGACCUGGGAUCACAAUUAGGGAAACAGUAUCUCAUUAGUUCUUCGCCACACAAAUUAAGUGAAAACUUUAAUAACCUGAGAGGAACGUUCUUUGGAUUGCGAAACGAGUCUGUAAAUUAUUUAUUGGAAGAAUUAUUUAUAGAUUUAGAUCAACACUUUGAAAAAUUAUUCAAUGUACAGUGGCUUAGUACAAACGUACCUGCAGAUACAAUAUAUGCUACAAUAGAAGAUUAUUUCCAAGAUUACAAUAAUUUGGUGGAAGUUAAUUAUAAAUAUGUUGUAGAUUUAACUAGAAAUAUGGUAGCAAAACGUUACUUAACAGCAAUGCUCUCUAAAAGGACAUCCUUUAAAACAUACGAAGAAUGUACCAAAGCAGCAAGUAAAGCAAUGAAAGAAAUAGAAAGAUUAAGUCAGUUGUUUAGUAAUCUUAGUAAAGAUUUGGAUGAAGAUGAUCCGUUUGAAGCCAUCACUAUGCUUGCCGAAGUGCUUAAAAGUGAUGACGAUAUGUUGUCUUUUGAUUUGCAUAGAGUUGUUGAAAAGUAUCCAGACAUUACAGAAGAUCACUUAUUAAGGCUUUUAAGUCUAAGAGGGGAUUUAUCCAAAGCAGAUAUUAAAGAUAAAGUUUUGCACAUAGAUAAACCCAAAGUGUUGCACAAAAGUAGCAUUUUCAAGACGCUCGUAUUUCCUAAGCUUGUGAAUAUAAAUUUGAAUUUUUAAUAUAUAUAUAUAUAUAUAUACCGGGUGAUUCAGUUUGGUAU